AUGGCGGUGGCCUUUGCCAUGGUCUCGGUUCAGAUCAAGGAUGUCUUCAAGAGGAAUGGUUUGCUUAUUCUCUCGGUGCUGUCUGUUAUCAUCGGGUGCUCGCUGGGUUUUUACCUGAGGACUAGACAUCUCUCUGAGCAGGAAAUCAAGUAUUUCCAGUUCCCCGGGGAGCUGUUGAUGAGGAUGCUGAAAAUGUUAAUUCUUCCGUUGGUGGUAUCGAGCUUGAUGUCUGGACUGGCUGCUUUAGAUGCAAAAGCUUCAAGUCGACUGGGUCUCAUCACAAUUGCCUACUAUCUUUGGACCACUUUUGUGGCGGUUGUUAUUGGAAUAAUCAUGGUGUCCAUCAUCCAUCCUGGUGGUGCGGCCCAGAAGGAGAGUACUGAAGACAGUGGAAAGCCAAUCAUGAGCUCUGCUGAUGCUUUGUUGGAUCUAAUACGGAAUAUGUUCCCAUCUAAUCUUGUGCAGGCUACAUUUCAGCAGUAUCGAACCAAGAUCGUCCCAAUAGUCAUCUCUGUCAAAGGGUCAGGAUAUGAUACAGCCAAGAGAAUGCCUUUAAUCUAUGGAAUUCAGGCUGACAACGACUCUGAGAUAAUUCACAACAUUUCCUUGGAUAUCACCCCAGCUCCAGAGAUCAUCUACCAAACAGGACCAGGAUCAAGUGAGGGGAUGAAUGUUCUUGGCAUUGUUAUAUUUUCUGCAACAAUGGGUAUUAUGCUCGGGCGAAUGGGGAAGAAUGGAAUGCCAUUGGUCAGCUUCUGUCAAUGCUUGAAUGAAACUGUGAUGAAGAUUGUUGCUAUUGCUACAUGCUAUUUUCCAUUAGGCAUAGUUUUCCUUAUUGCUGGCAAAAUAUUGGAGAUGGAUGAUCCUACAGCCAUUGGAAAGAAACUGGGUUUCUAUGCGAUCACAGUUGUUUGUGGUCUUGUGGUGCAUGGGCUAUUUGUUCUUCCCAUGGUGUACCUUUUUAUCACCAAGAAAAAUCCAAUUGUUUAUAUAAGAGGAAUUCUUCAAGCUUUGCUCAUAGCUCUAGCUACUUCCUCAAGCUCUGCCACUUUGCCUAUUACCUUCAAAUGCCUGUUAGAAAACAAUCAUAUUGAUAGAAGAAUUGCAAGAUUUGUUUUGCCAGUGGGAGCUACAAUCAAUAUGGAUGGUACUGCCUUGUACGAAGCUGUUGCGGCAAUAUUUAUAGCACAGGUUAACAACUAUGAACUGGACUUUGGACAAAUUAUUACUGUCAGCAUAACAGCAACGGCAGCCAGUAUAGGUGCAGCAGGGAUUCCACAAGCUGGGCUGGUGACCAUGGUUAUUGUUUUGACAUCAGUUGGCCUUCCCACAGAUGACAUCACUCUAAUAAUUGCAGUGGAUUGGGCAUUGGAUAGAUUUCGAACCAUGAUUAAUGUUCUGGGAGAUGCUCUGGCAGCUGGAAUUAUGGCUCAUAUCUGCCGAAAUAACUUUAUUCAGGAAAAUUAUGAAGUUCCACUGAUUUGUGAAACAAAGCCCGGCAGUAUUAAUCAGAUCUACACCUAUCAGAGAAAUGGAUGUACAAAUGAUGCCAAUAAGGCAGACAAACAACUUUUUGCGGUUGCCACAGAUGGAUCCCACAGUGUCCAAAUGGAGCUGGGUCUCGGCGACAAAAAAGAUCAUUGCACCAUUGAAAUAGAUGAAUUGGAGACCAAGGUAUAGUCGGAGGAAUGCAUCUCAUGGGAGCACUUCUUGCCCUGCUGGUAACAUGUAUGCCUACCUCACAAUUGGAAAUAUUAUAUAUACAUGAGAAAUAAGAAGUGGAACUGAUGGCAGUGCCGAAGAUGCACACUGGUUCAAAUUACUUGUGAAUUACGAUUUCUUUUUUUCCCCCCCCCAAUUCUGUAUGGUCAAUAUGAAGUGACAGUUCAUCUAAGUUAUUUCCUAAAGAGUGCAAUGGAAUAACAUAAGAAUGUAUUUCCUGCAUUUGUUUCACUCAUCAAUGUUAUAGCUAACAACUGGGCCAAACCCUGCAGAAAUGUACUUUGGAUCUAUGUAGAGUUUCUUCUUUCCUGGCUGGACAGAAGGUCAAAGGCUUAGCCUCAAAUCCUUCCCCUGCUUGGUCUGCCCAGAGAUUGGACGAUAGAUAACCCUAUGACAACUCAAGUUUUAAGUGAUUUUUAACAAACCUUCAUUGUCUUAAGUUGAUGUAUGAGAUUGUGUCAUUCUUUUCCUGAAUUUUAACCUGCAUUGUUGAAUACUGCAUGUUGUGGCUUUAAACCAUAGAGAGCUGAAUUUAAUUUAAUAUCCACUCAAAAUUCUCUCUGACCCGUUCCAGCCAAAAAAAUCCUGAUGCCUGGCAGCUUCUUUCACGCACUCAGCCUAACUCAUUAAUCCCAUAGGUUCUCAGGAGUGAAGUCAAAACCUAUUACUGUAAGAAGAGAAAUGAAGAUAAAACUAAACAUCAGGUUUUAAAACAUUUACUGAUCAAAAUAAGUUACCAGUUUUAUGGAUUUGUGUUCUCCAAAGCUGGAAUCUACACCUCUAUUAGUUACAGAGAGAAAAAUAUGUGUUUGGUACGGCUGUAUAUUUAUACAAGUUGCUUCCUACUUUAAAAAAAAAAAAAGAUUUUAAAAGCAAUACUAGAAAAUUUACUGCAUCUUUACAUUGCAUUAUGAAUUGGCCACUUGCUCAGCACAAAGAUUUAAAGAUCUAGUAGGUAAGGAAUAGAGCUCACUGCAGAAUUCAAUCAUCUUGUCCAUGUUGGUAUCCUUGAACGAUGUUCCUUAGUUCUUUUUAUCAUUCUACUUUCAAGUCACCGCCUUACAAUACUGGGGUAUUAAGGUCUGUUAAGAGGAAGUUCGAUAUUUGGGAUUUCGUUUCAAUUAAUUGGUCACACGGUUUAAAAAGACUUGACAGUUACCAUCAACUGCACUUAGCCGAUGUGAUUAUUUUUUCAAGGGGCAUACCGGUUGCAAUGGUAUUUUAAGAAUCAAUUAGUUGAAAAGCAUACUCAAUUAAUAUCAAGGCAUGAAACUGUCAAUAUGCACCAAUUUGACGUUAAGGUAGAAAUGUUUGCAGUUUACAACAGUUUAGACGUGGAAAAUUUUACAUCAGCUAAGUCAGUUUUAUUUGAGGAGAAUUGUGGUAUCCAAUUGUAUGUAUAUUGAACUUCCCAUAAGCUUUCUAUUCUCUAGUCUCUCUGUAGAAAAUACCAAAUGUACUGAUGUUAAUUGAUUUGCUGCAUCGUCUAAUUGAUGGAAAAAAGUAAUUGUUGGCAGGUAAUCAUUGAUGUACAUUAAUCAUUAUUUCUGCUGAUAAUCUAAUUUGACUGACAAUGCAUUAAACUUUGCAUGAAAUAUGUGUACUUUAUUAAAUUAGUGUAAGUGGCAUUUAGUACACUGAUAUAUCAUUGAUUUGCAGAUGUGAAAAUGUGGCUAUUCCAUGGCAGUAGUUACUAUGAAAAUAUUUUCUAAUAGAGCCCACAGGUCUGAAGAAGGGCCUCGACCCAAAACUUCCUUCUUGCUUGAGUUACUCCAGCAUUUUGUGUCUACCUUUCUUUGGAUUUGCACUCGUUUUACUAAUUGGG